CAACAGCCGUGAGAUUCGUUACGAAGAGAUUUAUUGGCGACUACGACCCAACACUGGAGAGAGUAUAUACGACUAAAGCAGAAGUCGACGACGACGUGAUUAUCUUCGAAGUACUCGACACCGCUGGGCAGGACAUGGAGGACAUAUCUGCUCGCAUAGAGGACCAUAUACGAUGGGCCGACGGCUAUGUCAUCAUGUACUCCAUCAACGACAAGUGCAGCUUCGACGAAUGCAUGCGCUUAAAAUUCCUCAUCAACCACAUCCGCAAGCGAGGUCGCAAACUGAGCCACGGACACGCGAACGAGUGCCCUGUAAUACUCGUCGGCAACAAGUCAGACAUGAUCGGCGACCGCAUGGUGUCCUUCGAGCAGGGUAAGCGCCGCUCGCUCGAGCUCGCCUGCGUCAACUUUCACGAGAUCUCGGCGCGCGAGAGCUACGGCGAAGUGCUGCUCAUUUUCGAGGACCUGUACAGGAACUGGCGGCGCGUGAAGAAGGAGCACAAGGUGACGCGAGCCAACACGGACGAGGGCGUCAACAAGCUGCCGCGGCUCAGUCCGACGGCGAGUCCCUCUCGCAGAUCACUCGAGGAGAAGACGAAGAGACCUGGCGAGCUGGUUCGAUGGAUUUCGGCGGACGCAGGCAAGCGGUCGAAGGACGUCGACCUUCUAGAGGUUCCUACAGACGUGCUGAGCGAGAGACGCAUGAGCGUGAGCAUGCAGGGCAGCGUGUCGCAGCUAUUCGUGCACGGAUGAUGCUGUACUGUACGAACGCACCCAACCCC